AAGGUCGGUGUGCCUUUACAUACAUGCUUAUUAUUUGUAAUAUUCCUCGUGAUUAUUGGCUUUAUAAAUGCUACUAACCCGUAGAGGAUCGGUAUCUCUCGCUUAAGAAUUCAACUAGUUAGCUAAAAAGGAAAUGUUAAGAAAAUGUUAUACUAAUGGCUUGCGAGCCCUUAAACUUGGGAAAUUUUCCUAUAUUCAGCAUUCGAAGUUUACUUGUGCACCUUGUAUUGCUUACUUUGGAGGACAGCGCAGUCAGAUUUUGGACGCGUCAAUGUUAAAAUUACCAUCGUCUCAGAUCCAAUUCAUACCAAAAAAUGCAUUUUCAACGUCAUCGGGAAAAGGUUCGUCAGACGAUGAUAGUGGUAUUGAUCCAGAUGGCCUACCUACUCCAAAUCCACAUGAAUCUGAUCCAUCAUCUACGCCACUUCCUCCUGCAGUUCCACCAUUAGCAUUGUCUCCACAAAAUAUUCCAGAGAAUUUCCCUAUUGUACCGGUGAUUGCAAUAUCUGGUUCACCGUUAUUCCCAAAAUUUGUUAAAAUGAUUGAGAUUACUGAUUCACGUCUGAUAAGUCUUAUUCGUCGAAAAAUCAAAUUGAAUGCCCCAUAUGCGGGAAUAUUUUUAAAGAAACCAAAUACAGAACAGUCAGAUGUUGCAAAUAGUAUGGAUGAAUUGCAUCGAGUCGGCACAUUUGUACACAUUCCUGAAUGGGAUGAUUUAGGCUCGAAAAUUCGACUACUAGUUAUUGGACAUCGUCGCAUUGAACUGAUUCGUCCAGUUGUAGAGGAUACUGUGGAAGAAGAGAUCAGCUUACCAGUCGGGAAACGUAACAGUUUAGUUCGACGCGCUAAACGUGCAGCGGUCAAAUUUACAGAAUCUUUAAAUUCUAAACCAUCAAUUAAUCAAACAUCAUCACCAUCUUCGGAAAAUACAACAUCUAUAAAAGGUGAAAAUCAAUCAGAUAGCAACACUAGUGAGAGUAAUAGUAGUAGCAAUAGUUCCAGUGCUUCCAAAUUAUUAGAUAACGACCUUGGUGCUUCUUCACCAGUCUUAAUUGGUGAAACAAUUAAUCUCUAUCAUGAUCUGUAUGAAAAUACCCAAGAAAUUAAGGCUUUAAGCGCUGAAAUUGUAAAGACAAUCCGAGAUAUAAUUAGUCUUAAUCCUGUGUAUCGAGAAAAUGUUCUUGCGAUGCUCCAAGCUGGACAACGUGUUGCUGAUAAUCCUGUAUAUCUCAGCGAUUUAGGAGCCGCAAUGUGUAGUGCUGGUGAUACAGAAGAAUUACAAGCAGUUUUAGAAGAAAUGAAUAUUCAUAAACGUCUUCGAUUAUCAUUAAAUUUAGUUAAAAAAGAAUAUGAAUUAGGUCGACUUCAACAACAAAUAGGUCGUGAAGUUGAAGAGAAAGUUAAACAACAACACAGACGUUAUAUGCUUUCAGAACAAUUGAAAGUAAUUAAAAAGGAAUUAGGUUUAGAGAAAGAUGAUAAAGAUACGAUUGUCGAAAAGUUUCGUAUGCGUUUAAAGGAUUUAACUGUUCCAUCUAGUGUUAUGGAAGUGAUCGAUGAAGAAUUGAAUAAAUUAAGCGUUUUAGAUAAUCAUUCGUCCGAAUUCAAUGUAACACGUAAUUAUUUAGAUUGGUUAACUGCAUUACCCUGGGGUGUAACAAGUGAAGAACAUUUAGAUAUUGGACAAGCAAAGAAAAUUUUAGAUGAAGAUCAUUAUGGAAUGGAUGAUGUGAAAAAACGUAUUCUGGAAUUCAUUGCUGUUAGUCAAUUGAAAGGUUCAACACAAGGCAAAAUUUUAUGUUUUUGUGGUCCACCUGGAGUUGGUAAAACCAGUAUAGCUAAUUCAAUAGCUCGUGCAUUAAAUAGAAAAUAUUUUCGUUUUUCUGUCGGUGGAAUGUCUGAUGUAUCUGAAAUCAAAGGUCAUAGACGUACUUAUGUUGGUGCUAUGCCUGGGAAAAUUAUUCAAUGUCUUAAAAAAACUAAAACUGAAAAUCCACUCAUUUUAAUCGAUGAAAUCGAUAAAUUAGGUCGUGGAUGGCAAGGUGAUCCAGCUAGUGCUUUAUUAGAGCUACUUGAUCCAGAACAAAAUGUUAAUUUCCUCGAUCAUUAUCUUGAUGUUACAGUAGAUUUAAGUCGUGUAUUAUUCAUUACAACAGCAAAUCAAUUAGAUACAAUUCCAGAACCAUUAAGAGAUCGUAUGGAAGUAAUUGAAGUAUCCGGUUAUGUUGAAGAAGAAAAAUUAGCAAUUGCAAAACGUUAUCUUCUUCCAUUGGCUACUCGAAAUUGUGGUCUAGAUGAUAAUCGUCUUUUAAUCGAUGAUAAUGCAAUAAAACGUUUAAUUAAACAAUAUUGUCGUGAAAGUGGUGUACGUAAUCUACAAAAGCAUAUUGAAAAAAUUGUUCGUAAAGUUGCUUAUCAAUUAGUCAAUGCUGAGAAAGAUCCACCAAUUCUAGUCAAUAGUGAUAACUUAACCACAUAUGUUGGUCAACCAAUUUGGACAUCAGAUCGUUUGUAUGAUUCUAUCACACCACCUGGGGUUGUUAUGGGUUUAGCUUGGACAUCAAUGGGUGGUUCUGUUCUAUAUAUUGAAUGUACUAAUAAAAAACCGAAAUAUUUCUACCAACCUACCAAUACUACUGAUUCACAUAGUGAUAGUAGUAGUGAUUCAGAGGAAGUAUCUAAUAAAAAAGGGAUUUUACAAGUAACUGGAAGUUUAGGAAAAGUUAUGAAAGAGUCCAUAUCUAUCGCACACACAUUUGCUACACAAUUUGCUGCUUCUGGUGCUCCAUGCUCUUCUACAACUGCUGUUACUAAUGAUGAUGGUAAUGCUGGUAAUAAUAAUAAUAAUCAAGAACAGUGUAUGCUUAAUCCAACGGAAUCUUCAAAAGCAGCUUUAUUCCUUCAAGAAUCUGAUAUUCACUUACAUGUUCCUCAAGGAGCUACACCUAAGGAUGGUCCAUCCGCUGGAGUAACUAUGGUAACGGCUUUGUUAAGUUUAGCAUGUGGUAAACCGGUUCGUCCUAAUCUAGCUAUGACUGGUGAAAUAAGUUUAACUGGUAAAGUUCUACCAGUUGGUGGUAUCAAGGAGAAAGUUAUCGCAGUAAGUUAUUUACUUCCUCAUAAUAUGAUAAUUUUUGAAAUUUUAUUUGAAACGGUAUAUAUGGUAGUAUUGGUUUUGACCCCCAAAUGCUCUCACGGUCACAUGUAUACAGCCACUUCAAGGGAAUUUUGUUGGUGGACCCUCCGUCUCCACCUAGGGGAGUUGGAAAACCCUGAUUCCAAACCAAUUGUGCAUACUGGCUUUAGGAGCAUGAGGGGACAAAUGGUGUAUGAACCUGUUGUAGGUCACCGGCUACUACAGUACCGCAUCUCCUAACGUUGCUCUACUGCCUUGUGAAUUAGACCUAUAGAUCAAAGUCCCGGGUAGUGGCCCCCUGAGAAAACCAUCUGGUUCGGUUUGAACACCCGAGAAGUAUUUCAGCCCUCACGCAAACCGGAUGAUUUGUAUGGCACACAUAUAUUUGGUAUCUUCUCGUACCAAUAUUUAUUUGCUCAAAUAAAUAAAAAGUAUUGAUUUGUAAACCGGUUAACGAACUAAUACAAAGGAUGGUGACCACUCCAAUAUCAGCCAAAUGGUUGACCUCAUGCAAAUGAAUAAGAUGUUGUUCUCCCCAAAUGCCCUGGUACGGCCGAGAGUAAGGAGAGUCCGCUCUCCCUUUCGAAAAAUGCUCUCACAUGGUCACGCGUAUAUAGCCUCUGCCAGGGAAGUCCUACUCAAUGCCUUCUCGUGGCACCGGUGUUGUUUACGAAAAUGAGAGGACGAAAAGCGAGUAUCCGACGCUUUAACCGGAUCCCAAUUCAAUGGUGCACAUGGGCUGGCUCCAGUAUCCUGCGGGAACAAAUGGCGUACGAACCAACUUUUGGUCACCGGCUUCCAUGGGACUGCAUCUCCUCAUGAUGCUCCACUACCUUGUGGACUAGACUCUUAGGUCAAAGGCUCGGGCUGUGGCCCCCUAAGAAAAGCACCUGCUUCGGUUUGGGCACCCGUGCAGUAUCUCAGCCCACGCACUAAAAUCAUGAUGAACUAUUUGCUUAUGGAAAUAACACAAAAACUACUCAUGAAAAGGUCGUGUGUGACCGACCUCAAGCAGCUGUACCUUUGGCACUGCAGUCACGCUCUCAGGUCACUAUGACCACCUCUAAUCCACUUUCCUUUUUAUGUACCUCCAGAAAAACCCUUCCACGGUGUGGGCAACCGGGAAGUGAUAACCGCCCUUAUACCUCAAACAGCACUCAAGACCACUGUAUUCAUAAUCAACCUGACUGACUGACUGACAUUCUAAACCAUAUCACUCACCACUUUCAACCAUUGAUCACAGUUUUCUGCCUUUAUGAAAUACCUUGAAAGGUUCUGAUAUACAUAUAUAUGUAUAUCACCUAUCGUACUUCAUCUCUACAGGAGACAAAUGACAAAUAACGAUAUCUUACUUAUUCAAUUAGUUGUUAGGAUAUUCAACUUGCAAUGAAUAACCUGUAAGUUCGAAUCCCAUUCUGUCUAAUUCAAUUAUAAGUAAUAUAAUGAUUCACUCUCUCAAUUAUUUUUUUUGUGUCUUUUAUUCAAUAACAGGCUAAACGUGGUGGUAUAACCUGUAUCAUUCUACCUGAGGCAAAUCGUAAAGAUUAUGAUGAUUUAGCAUCAUUUAUUAAAGAUGAUUUACAAGUAUAUUUUGUUCAACAUUAUAAAGAAAUUUUCCCAGUGGCAUUUUCAUAAACUUAAAAAUAAAAAAAAAAGUAUAAAGUUAAAAUCGAUAAUACAAAGUUGAAAAACGAAAGGAGAUGUGGGUUGGUUUUUUUUGUUGCUAACAGACAAUAAGAAGGAUGGAGUGUGUGUGUGUGUGUGUGCGUGAGAUGGAGUGUGUGUGUGUGUGAGGGAGGGAGAGACAGAAAACGUGUGCAAAACUUCAUUUCUAAUUUUGUAUAAAUAAAAUUUCCCAUCAUAAAUGAAUAAAUUCUUUCUUAUAUAAAGAAUGUGAACAUAUGUAACUGGGUUUUUGUGUCUUUAAAUUAGUUGAUUAGUAGUUAGUUAAUCUUAACCUUCUGCUUUUCCCCCCCCCUCUUUCCUCUAUAGAACUAAGUAAGUGAAACCAAUAGAUGCGUUUGAGAAAAGAAAUGAGCUUUUGAAAAGAGUUCACGAUUGGAAUAUUAGAGAAAGCGAAAUAAAUGAACGUGUUAACAGUUUACUUUGCUAUAUUUCAUAUGCAAAUAGAGACUUCGAUUCAAUGAUACUUG